GAUAACCCUCGAUGUUUCGUCUUUAGUUCUACUUGCACCUCAUACACCAUAUUACCCGGCGCUGCUUGAAUAUAUUUACUUAUUAUUCACCAACUCAGAUAUUUUUCCAUUGAUCUCUUGCCUAUUCUGACUUAUGUGCAUGUUUAAGCCAUCCCAUAUUGUCCUCAAGCCCAUCCCUAGAGGCAUGUCCAACUCCACAGCCACGGUCCCAUUAAGCCAUUUGGACGUUUCUCACAAGGUCAUCUAUGAGACGGACACCUGUACCGAAGCUGAUAAAGUUGCUCCGGUCAUUGAAACCUCCGAUGCUGUCGAGGAAGUUGCCACCGCUGAAGCCAUCGAUGCUAUCGACGCCGACAUUGCCUUUGAGGAAAAGGUGCCAGAAUACCUUGUUGACAUCUAUGGGGCCGCCUUCCCAGAAGACGAAGAGAAGAAACCCCUCUACCAGUCUGACCUUGACAUGGAAAAGAAAUACCUUCUCCAGGCUGACCUUGGUGUGGAAGCGUUCUCCAAAGAAGCCACCCAGAAGGCCAGAAAUUCCACUUCUAAGGCUACUAUCGUCAUUUACCUUAUGAUGGUUAUCAGUAUCCUCGGUAUGAUUGUCUCCCAGCUUUCAGGAAACAUGAAUUCCACCAAUGGUGUCGGCAAGGCCACUGUCGGUGCUUACCGUAGCGCCGAAGUCUCUAUCACCUCCGCCGUCCAUGCCAAGGCUGGUUGUAGGGGUAAGAAGCACGGUGGAAGAAGAGGUGCCAAGGGUGUUUUCCGGUCCCAGGUUCUCUAAGUGUUGAACGCGAGAGGAUUGGUUCUAGUUCUACUGCAUUUUCAUUGGAAAAUGCAAGUUUCUUUUUAAAUAUGCAAAGUAGCUAUAAUAAUGGUCGUUUGGCCACCCCAAGAGCUCCUGGUAAAUUUAUCGGCGAUGGACUGUAGUCUGGGGAAUACUUUUGCACGGAGCCUUAAGAACUGACAGGGUAUUCGCGGACUAAUCUUUUCUUAUGCCAAGCCCCCAAAGGCCACCGUCAUGGCCAAGCUUCCUCGGUUAUGCGUAAGUCACAAUUUGACCACUACACAAACCUGAUAUCUAGACACUUUGUCUAUUAAGUGUCUGGCCUGGUAGUAUCUCCGACUCCCCGUUUUAAUCGAGUUUUGAUCUAAAUAUGGGAUCUAGACGUAUAUGCACAUUGCCAGUUUGAACGGAGUAUAGUUGACAUACAUCUACUGAUCUCUUG